AUGGACCCGAAUAUGUCACCCAAUGCCCUAUUCCUCCAGGACACUCUUUUGUAUACGACUUUUGUUGUGCAGCAGACAGGGACAUACUGGUAUCAUUCGCACCUGGGCUCUCAAUAUAGCGAUGGGCUUCGAGGCAUAUUCAUCAUCGAGGAAAAGAAGAAGGAUGAUUAUCCUUUUGACUUUGACGUUGAUUUGCCGUUGAGUGUGACGGACUACUACCACGAGGAGAGCAAGAACAUCAUCAAGAAAAUGCUAUCCCGCUACAAUCCGACAGGCGCCGAGCCGAUCCCACAAAAUGCUCUCUUCAAUGAAACUCGCAAUGUGACAUGGGAGAUCGAGCCCGAUACCACAUAUUACUUGCGUGUGGUGAAUAUGGGAAUGUUUGUGAACCAAUACUUGUACAUUGAAGACCACACAUUCACCAUUGUGGAAAUCGACGGAGUAUAUGUUGAACCAAGAGAGGUGGACUCUUUGCAUAUUUCUGUUGCGCAAAGAUACGGUGUUUUGUUGAAGACUAAAAAGAACCCAGAGCAAAAAUACUUCAGGUUUGUGAGCAUAUUGGACGAGACAAUGCUAGAUUUUUUGCCCCAGGAACUCCAGGUGAUUUCAACAAACUAUUUACAGUACCCAGGUUCAGGGAAAGAGCCCAGGCCUGACACAUUAAAGAGCGGCCCGCGAGAAUUUGAAAAGCUUGUGAAUUCAUUGCAUCCCAUUGAUGAUUUCGACUUGCGUCCUUUGGAUAAGCAGGUAUUGUUGGAUGACCCUGAUUACCAGAUUGUUCUCAACUUUACAAUGGACAACUUGGCAGACGGAGUCAAUUAUGCAUUUUUCAACGGCAUCACUUAUACUCCUCCUAAAGUUCCUGCUCUAUAUACGGUAUUGUCGAGCGGAGACCUUGCUUCAAACCCGACAAUUUACGGAUCAAACACCAACACGUUUGUUUUGCAGUACGGCGAAGUUAUUGAAAUUGUGAUCAAUAAUAUGGACCCUGGUGAGCAUCCUUUUCAUCUACAUGGGCAUGUCUUCCAAGUGAUUCUGCGUUCCAAGGGAUCAGACGACGAAGACGAUCCAGAGAUGUUUGACCCGGAAAACCCCGAGCACACAAAGUAUCCGUCUCAUCCAAUGGUGAGAGAUACGGUCAGCGUGAAUCCGAAUGGUUUCCUUGUCAUUCGUUUCAAGGCAGAGAACCCCGGCGUGUGGUUUUUCCAUUGCCAUGUGGACUGGCAUCUAGAACAAGGCUUGGCUAUCACUUUGGUUGAAGCGCCGCAUGAAAUCCAAAAGAAGCAGAACAGUACCGAUGUGUCUCAUCUCGAAGCGUGUAACUACUUCCAGAUUCCCACCGAAGGCAAUGCUGCUGGUCACAGGGGUCCGUCUGAGGCUCAUUGGCUUGACCUCAGCGGCCAAAAUGUCCAGAAGAAGCCUUUGCCUGAAGGCUUUACCACAAAAGGCUAUAUUGCUUUUGUUGCAUGUGCCCUUGCAGCCAUUUUUGGCCUCUACUCCAUUUACGAAUACGGAGUGGAAGACAUAAACACCGAUAAUGCAGAGCAGGUGGCUGCCAAGCUCCAUAAGAUUCUACAAGAAUAUGACGGAGGAGAAUCUUCGGCCAGAUUGAUUCCAAAUAAUGGGGCGACUGAUGAGGAGCACCUAGCCUCUACUACUUAG